AUGGAAUGAUUAUACCAUCAUUUUUAUAAUCAGAAUAUGAUAUAAUAGUAAAAACACACACAUGAAAAUUAUAUAAACAGAAGGAAGUGCCAUAUCUUUACCAAGUUAACCCCUAUGAAGGCAUUCCCUUUCAAAGCUUAUCUCUCUCUCUCACUCUCACUCACGCACACACAAUACUCACGCUUUCUCCCUCUGUUUUCUCUGGUUUCGAUGAGGAGGAUUCUGCUUUUUCUCCUACUUUUAGCUCACCUUGGGGAGCUCGGCGCUGAAGAUAGGCUUCUGAAUCCAUCAAAACUGGAGAUGUUCGUUGAUGAGCUUCCAGAUAUGCCUAAAAUCCAAGGUUUUCGUAUGCUCAAUACUUCCCCCAAACCCAAGUCACUCAUGAUUGGCAUGUUCAAGAAAAAAUGGAAAUUCCACAGGGACUUGCCUCCAACGCCAGUGUUCGCCUAUGGUGCUUCAAGGCGCGGGGCAACAGUCCCCGGUCCGACCAUCGAGGCACUCCAGGGAAUUGACACUUACGUGACAUGGAAAAACUUUCUCCCAUCAAAGCACAUACUGCCAUGGGAUCCGACAAUUCCCACUGCCAUACCUGCAACCAAGACGGGAAUCCCUACCGUAGUGCACCUCCAUGGCGGCAUGCAUGAACCCGCCAAUGAUGGAAACGCAAACUCAUGGUUCACUGCUGGAUUCAAAGAGAAGGGUCCUGACUGGUCUAAGGGAACAUAUCACUACAACAAUAAUCAGCAGCCUGGAAGUCUUUGGUACCAUGAUCAUGCCAUGGGGUUGACUAGAGUCAACCUAUUAGCCGGUCUGAUUGGAGCCUAUGUUAUUCGACACCCUGAGGUUGAGGGCCCACUUGAACUUCCCCACGGCGAAGAGUUCGAUCGGCCUUUGAUCGUCUUUGAUCGUAGCUUUCGUAAGGAUGGAUCCAUAUACAUGAAUUCCACCGGAAACAACCCCUCUAUACAUCCGCAAUGGCAGCCGGAAUAUUUCGGCGACUUAAUCAUAGUGAAUGGUAAGGCAUGGCCCAAGAUGACGGUACGACGCCGUAAAUACCGAUUACGUAUAAUCAACGCUAGCAAUGCUAGAUUCUUCAGACUUUUCUUCACAAAUGGCUUGGAGUUCAUCCACGUGGCAUCUGACUCGACUUACCUCGUGGAACCCGUGGUGACCAAUGAAACUCUGCUGGCACCCUCAGAGAUUGCUGACGUGGUCGUUGACUUUUCAAAGUCAAAGACUGAUGAAGCUGUUCUGGCUAACGAUGCACCCUACCCUUACCCGUCCGGAGACCCAGUCAACGAAUUAAACGGUAGAGUCAUGAAAUUUACCAUCAAGAAAGAGCGAGAGGUUGACACGUGGCGAGUACCCGAUAAAUUGAUCCAAUAUCCUUCCCCAGAUUUAUCCAGUGCGACCCAAACACGAUAUAUUGCAAUGUACGAAUACACAAGCGACACCGACGAACCGACGCAUCUCUACAUCAAUGGGAAACCGUACGAGGCGCCGGCAACGGAGACGCCGAAGGCAGGGACGAGUGAGAUCUGGAACGUAAUUAAUUUAACGGAAGAUAAUCAUCCGAUGCACAUUCAUUUGGCAGUGUUUACUGUGUUGGAUCAAACGGAGCUAGUAAAAGCAGAGGAGUUUAAGGCAUGCAUGUCGAAAAUGAACGACGCCAUCAAGUGCCAAAUAAGCAAACACGCACGUGGCAAAAAGUUAAGGGUGGCAGCUCAUGAGAAAGGGUGGAAGAAUGUGUAUAAGAUGACACCUGGAUAUGUGACAAGGAUAUUAGUUAGGUUUUCUUACAUACAUUCCAACACUUCAUACUCAUUUGAUCCAACUGGAAUGCCUGGUUACGUGUAUCAUUGUCAUAUCUUGGAUCACGAAGAUAAUGCGAUGAUGAGGCCACUUGUGGUGAUGAAGUGAGAAGCAAUAUUGGAAGGAAGAAGAGCAAGGUAUAACAGGAAAUGGGCAUUGUAAGGUGGUAAUUUUGUUCUGAAAGUAUUGGUACAAGCAGGGGGAAGUUAGACAUAUAUAUAGAACCAGAAUGUUAAAAGUGUAGAAUUGGUUAAAAACAAAAUGGAUGUAUCUUUAUGAUCUAGAAAUGUAAGGUUGCCAAAGUGUGGUUUGUAAUGCGGAGUAGUUGUUCGCUGGUUACUUCUUUUCCUUCUUUCUUUCUUUCUUUCUGAACUGAUUCGCUGGAAUUAAAUGGCCAAUAAAAGUAACAAAGGAAUUAAGGUCUUA